AUAUUAAAGUACAUCGUGCUGGCGUCUGGUUUUCUCCCACUCUCUUUGUCCCUUUGAUUUCCAUUUCUUAAGUAUGGUUUCGGGAAUGGUUAAUCUGGCAGUCCAGGAGAGCUUAGUUUGCCUUUGCUAGCUGAGUCUGGUGGGUGGAGCAUAGAGCAUAGAGCAUAGAGUCGGUAACCCAAAAUACAAGUUUCUGAAGUGAGUUGGGAGAUUGGGACCGAGGGAGUAAGAACAGAGGGAAACAGCUCUUCCCACCAAGGAAGCAAGCCUCCGCAGAAGGAGCUGUGGUGGGGUGGACGACCAGAAGCAGAGAAAGGCAAACAGAUACAAUUAGGCCAGCAGCCAGGCAGGAGGACGCCGAGUGCAGUAUGGUGAGUGAAUGACAUUCCCUCGGUCCAUGUCUAAGUCUGAAGAAUUACUUUCAUUUUUCUGUGCUUGGAAAGAAGGGACGGUUCAAAGCUUAUGGCGUGCAAUUGGACAAAGAGAAGGCUUUAAAGGGCGUGUGUGUGUGCGUGCGUGUGUGUGUGUGUGUGUGUGUGUGUGUGUGUGUGUGACAGUGUCAGAGAAGGCAGGUUUCAGAAGAGCUGAUAAUCUGGUUGCCAAUGGAUUUUCUGUUCCCUGCCCGCCCGUGAGCUGUUAAGCAGGUAGGGUGAGUGACUUUAGUGCAAAGCCCCAGAAGGGUCAUUCAUGCACAUGAGUGUGCCGCGUGCACCAGAGGUCAGAGCAGGUACUCCACAAUUCCCACUCUUCCCUCCUCCCCCCUCCCACCUCGGACGCCCCUCUCCGGACCAGCGCUUGCAAUAAGACUUGGUGGAUCAUGUCCUAGAGCUGCCGGUGAUCCGGAAUUCCGGCCUGACUCUGGGAAGAUAUAAAGCCAGCAGGGGUCUCCUGAGUUGAGACUACCCACACAGCUAUUCCCAAGGACUUCCACAUGAGGUUUCCAGUGGCAUCCUCCUUGAUGAACUCUCUGGAUCAGAAAACAAGAUAGACAUCGAAGCUGCUAGAUUCAUCGUUCUCUUGGUGGUUCCAACUUUCCAGCUAACAAGCUAGAAGACUGCAGCAUAGCAGAGGAGAAGGGCACCCAGUAGCCCCAAAGCUUGUCCAGAGGAUGUUCUGCACCAAGUUGAAAGAUCUUAAAAUUACUGGAGAAUGCCCUUUCUCUUUACUGACUCAAGGUCAUGUCUCAGAAGAGCCUGAAGAGGAAUGUGCCGAGCAACCUGAGAGUUCUAAGGCAGCCCUGCCUGUUUGCCAGGAAGUUACGGAGAAACACAUCCAUGGAAAUCUUCCUCAAAGAAAGACUAGCCGAAGCCGAGUGUAUCUGCACACUUUAGCAGAGAGCAUUUGCAAACUGAUAUUCCCUGAGUAUGAAAGGCUAUAUCUUGCACUUCAGAGGACACUGACAAAGCAUAAAAUACAGGAGAAGAGGAAAUCUUUGGAAAAAGAGGAUUUUGAAAAAUUACUUACAGACCAAGCAAAUGCAGCAGGUGUUCCGGGGGAAGUUAUCAAAGAAUCUCUGGGUGAAGAGCUCUUCAAAAUAUGCUAUGAGGAAGAUGAACACAUCCUAGGUGUGGUCGGAGGGACUCUCAAAGAUUUCUUGAACAGUUUCAGCACCCUUCUGAAGCAAAGCAGCCAAGGAGCCGAAAAGAAGGGCUGCCUGGAGGAGGUCUCCAUCCUCUGCUUGGAGAAAGACCCCAAUGUCUUAAAUGUUUACUAUUUUUUCCCUAAAAAAACAACUACCCUAAUUCUUCCAGGCAUCAUAAAGGCUGCUGCUCAUGUACUAUAUGAAACCGAAGUAGAAGUGACCCUGGUGCCUCCCUGCUUCCGCAAUGACUCUAACGAGUUUGUGAAUCAGCCCUUCUUGUUAUACUCUGUUCAAGUGAAGAGCACAAAACCUUCCCUUUCUCCUUGUAACCCUCAGUCUUCCUUGGUGAUUCCAGCCUCGCUCUUCUGCAAGACUUUUCCUUUUCAUUUCAUGUUCGACAAAGACAUGGCCAUUCUACAGUUUGGCAACGGCAUCCGGAGGCUGCUGAACAGGAGGGACUUUCAAGGAAAACCUAACUUUGAAGAAUAUUUUGAAAUCCUCACCCCCAAAAUCAACUACACAUUUAGCGGGAUCAUGACCAUGUUGAACACGCAAUUUAUCAUAAGAGUGAAAAGAGGGGACAACUCUAUCAAGAAAUCUUCAGGGGUCAUGGAUCUCAAAGGUCAAAUGAUCUACAUCAUUGAAUCUAGUGCCAUCUUGUUCUUGGGGUCACCGUGUGUGGAUCGGUUAGAGGAUUUUACAGGACGUGGGCUCUAUCUCUCAGAUAUCCCAAUCCAUAAUGCCCUGAGGGAUGUGGUCCUAAUAGGAGAACAAGCUCGAGCUCAAGAUGGACUGAAGAAGAGAUUAGGGAAGCUCAAAGCUACCCUGGAACAGGCACACCAAGCCCUGGAGGAAGAGAAGAAAAAGACAGUUGAUCUCUUGUGUUCCAUCUUUCCAGGCGAGGUUGCUCAGCAGCUGUGGCAAGGACAGGUUGUACAAGCCAAGAAAUUCAACCAUGUCACCAUGCUUUUCUCUGACAUUGUUGGAUUCACAGCCAUCUGUUCCCAGUGUUCACCAAUGCAGGUCAUCACAAUGCUCAAUGAACUUUACACUCGCUUUGACUACCAGUGUGGAGAACUGGAUGUCUACAAGGUGGAGACUAUCGGAGAUGCAUACUGUGUCGCUGGAGGCUUACACAGAGAAAGCGAAACACACGCUGUUCAAAUUGCCCUGAUGGCCUUGAAGAUGAUGGAGCUGUCAGAUGAAGUGAUGUCUCCACACGGAGAGCCUAUCAAGAUGCGUAUUGGCUUGCAUUCUGGAUCUGUCUUUGCUGGAGUUGUUGGAGUUAAAAUGCCCCGUUACUGUCUUUUUGGAAACAAUGUCACCCUGGCCAACAAAUUUGAGUCCUGCAGUGUUCCACGGAAGAUCAACGUCAGCCCAACGACUUACAGACUACUCAAAGGAUGCCCUGGCUUUGUGUUUACCCCUCGUUCAAGAGAAGAACUGCCUCCCAACUUUCCCAGGGAAAUUCCUGGAAUUUGUCACUUCCUGGAUGCUUACAUACAAGAAGCAAAUCCAAAGACAUGCUUCCCAAAAAGAGAUAUUGAGGAUGGAAAUGCUAACUUUCUGGGCAAAGCAUCAGGCAUAGAUUAAAUUGUAUCUUCACCAGGUCCAUCGAUAUUUGGAGGUGUGAAUCCAGUGAGGAUGUAUGAAGCCACGAAAAGCACUUUAGGAUUGCAGAUGCCUGAAAAGCAGUAUUACUGAUUCAGGAGUUAGGUCCCCUAAGACAUAUGAUUUCUCCUUUAAAUGACAGACUAUAUGUACCAAAAUAAUAUUUCAACUCCUCUAUUUUAAUAUGAUGCCUCUGGAGGUACCUUUUUUUUUUUCCUGUGAUUGAUGAUGUUAUAUAAGUCACUUCAGAUAAACCUGAAUCUAGAAUUCUAGACCCACUGAACAUAUAUUAGAAAAGUUGAAUGUAUUGUAGCAAGAGACAGAUUUACUUAAUUGAGUCCUGUUCCUUGCUUGAGCUCCAACCAUAUUUAAAAUACAAUAUUCACGAUGCUGUUAAGAGUAGAAUCACCAGAAGUUAUUGGCCCUAUUAUAAAUUUCCAAAGUUCACUGCAUGUUAUUAUCUAGCCUCAGAUGCUUAAACACUGUGUGACUCUGGGCAAGUCACUUGACUUUCUACAGUUGUUGUGAAAUUAAACUGUGACAUUUUGUAAAGCACUUUGGAAAACGUAAAGUGGUAUAUAAAUACUAACUAUUAUUAUUAUCAUGUUUUCAUUGUGGCUGCCAAUAUAUAGCAAAACAAGCCAAGUAUUUUUCUGUCAAGUCCUCUUUUUUUAGGAAACAAAAGAAAGUACAUGUCAUAAAUAAUCACAAGCUAGAUUCAAAGUAACCGAAAUAUUACAUGUAGUUCAUAAAGUUUUUUUAAACAAUUUUAUAUUAGCAUGUAUCAUAGCAAUAAAUGUUAUUUUCUUAUCAUGUAUUCUUUCCCAUGUUUAAGCAUGAUAAAACCUUUCCAUAACACACAGAUAUGUAAGGAGAGUGUCCCAGUGAAUGUAGUUAAUAUAAAUUUACAUUUGUUAGAGAUCAUAUUACUUUUUGUAAUGCAAUGCUCUUGGUUUAAUUACUACAGUUUAAAUAGAAAAAAAAUAGAGUUGAAGAGAUAGAUUGGAUGUGUAAUUUCACUGACAUGGGGAAUGAUUAGAUGGGAAGCUUCCUACUAGUGGAGAUUGGCAUCUUGGGUCUAAUUUACAUUCUUAGAGUUUUCCAGAAUGCUAGAUUUAGCUUCUGGACCAGAUCUACAUAGCAAAUGGGUCAAAGUCAUAAUUUGAACUUAGGGCUUCCUGGGUCUAAUUCCAUGUUUCUCUCCACCAUUCCACAUUGCUUCUAGGGGCUGAGGAUAGUAUCCAAAAUACAGGAACCCACUGUGCAGUUAUAAAUGAACUGUUCAUUAUUUUUGUUAUUUUUAACAAUAGGAGUAGGGACAACUGGGUAGCACUGUGGAUAGAGUGCCAGGUCUAAAGUUAGGAGGACCUGGAUUCAAAUCUGGAUCAGAUACUUUCUAGCUUUGUGACCCUGGUCAAGUCACUCAACCCCAAUUGCCCAGUCUUUGCUGGUCUUCUGUCAUAGAAUUAAUACUCAAACAGAAGGUAUGGGUUUAAAAAAUAAAAAUCAAUAAAUCAAUAAGAGUAUAUGUAGGAAAAAGCUAAGCUACAUGAGAUGUUGACUUUGUUUCUUUCUUUGUUAUUUUUUUAAUUAAAAAGUCCAUAUUGAUCAUUUUAUGGAUUGGAAUGUUUUCAAAAGAGGCUCCUAAAUUUGUUAUAUUUUUUAGUGCUUGGUGGAUGGUGGCAAAGAAAAUAAUCCAUUGUCUUAGAGAUAGAAGGAUUCUUUGAAUCCAAUUUGUUCAUCUUACAGAUGAGGAAACUAAGUUUCUAAGAAAGGAAAUUUGCCCAAAGUUACCUACUACAAAAAAACAAAGACAAGACUCAAAUGAAUAGGCUACUUGGAGUCCAGUGUGUUUUUCACUGUGACCUGGCUUUAGCAUUCCUUUGAUUUUUGCUUUCAGUGCUAGAAUUUCAAGUACUUGUCCUUGUAGCUCCUUUUAGAACCUGACAGUGUGGGUAUCACAUUUAAGAGGAGCACUACACAAGCAAAAGCAGAAUGCAAAGGAUGGAUUUUAAAUGAAGUAUAUUCAGGGAACAAGUGUUCAACAGAAGAUCCUAAACUGAUUCAAAUCCAGUCAAAAUGGUGCCAUGUUUUUAAAUACUUCUCAUUGUUACCCUUUCUAUUGUUGAAAACAGGAUGAAAAGGGUACUCUUGAUUGGCAUUAGCCUGGUUCCUCCCCAGUGUACAAUUUAGUAUUUUACUAUGAAUUACUUGGUCACAAACAAUACUCCCCUAGCCUGCAGGAAUGAAGGUGCCUCAUUAAGCAUCUAACCUCUUAACUUGGAAGUGACUUAGUCACUGGAGGGAAAAUCAGCUUCAUUCUGCUGGACUCUUUAAAUAAUACUAAUAUGCUCUAUGUGUUUCAGUUUAAGUGAAGGAUUAAAUAUCCUUUUCUUUCUGGCUCUAAGGCUGGAUUAUAAAUUGGGGGGAGAAGAAACAGAAAAUAAAUACAUAAAAGAAAAAUGGUCUCCUUCUAUGAAGAUGUCUUACCUCCAGUCCACGUCUAAAUCCCAUGUACUGAUAUUCUUUAUUAUUCUAGAAGGGAUAAGGCUUUUUCUAGAACAAGAUGAGUUCUAAGUAGAAUUCCAACUAAGAGAGGCAAAAGACAGUCGUGGCUCUUGAGGAGAUCACACUCUACUGAGGAAGACAACAUAAAAAUGAGUAUGUACAAAUACCACAAAGAAAGGUAGAUUAGGUGGAGUCUCAGAGGGAAGCUAAUAAGUGUCAGGAAGCCUGGAGAAAAACUUCUUGCAGCAAGUGAUUCUUGAAGGAAGUCAAGGAAGUGAGAACUUUAAAAAUGAGCUAUAUACAGUUCUCACAAUCAUACUGUAAAGCACGUUAUUCCAACAUCAUUAUUCCCCUUUUAUAGCUGAGCCAGUUGAGGCAAGGAGAGGUUGUGAAUUGCCCAUAAUUACACAGGAAAUGUUGAAUCCAGGAUUCAAAUCCAUGUUACUGCACCUCUGUCACUAUGGUUAAAGAAGCUAUCUCCCUCUUGUGCUUGUCAGCAUUUUUUUUUUCUGGGAGCCUUAUUUUUCCAUCAAAGACAUGAUUUUCAAAGUAUACCCUCUUGGUGUCUUUCCACACUUGAAGAAAUAUUUCUUCACAAAUGAAAAAAAGAGAAAUUUUCCUAAGGAUUAAAAUAAAAAAGACUGUCAUAAGCAUGAUCAGACCCUUCUUGUAGAGAAAACUCAUGUUUCAAAGAAAGAAUUCCCAGAGAAGACAAGAGGAAUAAUUUCCUUAUUAUUCAAUGAAAAAUUCUGAAUAAAUAGGCAUUUACUAUAUUAUGAAUAGACAUGAGGACAACUAGGUGGCUCAGUGGAUUGAGAGCCUAAAUAUGGAAGAUCCUCUGUUCAAAUAUGGCUUUGGACACUUCCAAACUGUGUCACCCUGGGCAAGUUACUUAACUCCCAUUUCCUAACUCUUACCACUCUUUUACCUUGGAACCAAUACACAGUAUAGAUUCUAAUACAGAAAGUUAAGAGUUAAAAAAAAAAAGAAUAGAUAUGGAAACCAAAUGAUUUAAUUUUAAUUCUAUUGGAGAGAAUUUUUCAUCAAGAAAAAUGACUAUGCUUUCUGUGACUUCUCUCUAGCAAGAAAGGAAAUUAGGAAAUUCCAUGUCCUAAAACAUGUGAGAAAUAUGUUAUCUGGGCUAAAACCCAUUAGCAUCCAAGUCAGCCUCAUUUUAGACAUUAUAAUAUUUGUGGGUGCAUGUUUUUUCUUCAUAUUUUAUCAGUUAAUGAGAAUUAUGCUUUUUAUGAAUAAGAUAUUCCUUAUAUUAGAAACUCUUAACACAUAAUAGUAACUGUAUUGCUUGUCUUUCUCAUUUCAAAAUUUUUCCAUCAUUCUUAACAUUUUGCUAGUCUAUAGAUACUCCCUUGACCAUAUUCUUUUCUUAGCAAUAUCAUUUCCUCCAGUUGUCCAUACCCUGUAGGUGUGGGAUAUUUAUAUAUAUACUGUCAGAUAUAGUUAAUGGGUUGGUUGUUUUUUCUGAACUGCUUUUCUUUUUUUUUCAUCUUUAAUGCAAAGCAUGACUUGCUGUGUAAUGGAAGGGGGAAAGGACACAUUUGGAAAUUAAUGUAAUAUAAAUAUCAAAAAUAUGAAUAAAAAGAUUAUAAAUUCUGGUCACCGUGACUAUAUACAGUGUAAACACCCUAAUGGAGCAAUGACCAACCUAACUAUACUCAGAAUGGCAUCACCAAAGUAGGACAUCAGGUCAAUUUGUAUUUUUUUUUCUGCCAAAACAAGCUUACCACUACAAUGUUCACCAAGGUGUACUUUAGGAUUUUCACAUUCUCUGUGUACAAUUUGUUGCCUGAUUUUUGCAGCAAUUCAUGAUAGAAGCUUUCUUCCAGUAGGCACAAAGCCACAUCCUCCAAUAUGCUAUGAAAGUAAAAGAAAAAGAGAGGGAAGGGAAAACAAGGCAAGGCAUAAGUAUUCUAAACUGGAUGAUGCAGUUGGAGUCUUUCUGUCUGCCUCAGGAUAUUUCUUUGUUGCUAACUUAAUUAAAUAUGAUGCAUAUUAUAUGAAAUAUUGGACCACACGUGAAAAAAAGAAAGUCUUGAGAACUAUUGCUCAGUGAUUGAGGACUGACAGUCUUGAGUUGAGUGAGGGAGCACCAGUAUCCAUGAUCCACAGAUCCUUGAAGGAUAUCCAUGAAAACAUAAUGAGACAGAGCUUGAUAUUUUUAAAUAUCAUGUUUCUUUCAUCGUGAGCCUAGAUUUUAAUCUAUGGAUAUACUAAUUUGCCUUUUUAAAAACUCAAUUACAGAAAUCAAAAAAAUAGAGGAUCUGGGAAGUUCAAUUUCAAUUUCCUGGGUGAGGGUUAGGAAAGAGGUUCUGCUGGCAUUAAAUAUUCUAAAUUUAAUUUGAUAAAUGUACAGCAUAAAUGUAAGUGACAAAAUAGCUUUUGCAUCAAAUCUGAUAUUUAAUUAGAAUUUUAAAUAGCAUGAAAUCUAUCUAUUUUGAAGAGAAUCCUGAACCAAACCCAAAUGAAUCCAAUCUUUUGGUUGUUUUGGCUUGGUUGGGCUUUGAUCUAGACCUAUGGAUUCUUUGGCAUUGUAUUCUCUCUAUAUUCAUAGUUUCCUCAUUUAAUUUUUGAGGCAGAAAGCCCUGUGUAAAGCAAUUCAUAGAAGUUCAUAUUUCAAUUCUCAAGUUUUUAUUUACAGCAAACAUUUUCCUCUCCCCAAGCCAAUCUAUUAUAUACCUAAUGUAAUGUAUACAGGUAGUAUAUUUCUUUUGACUUAAUUUUUAUUAUAAACUUUAAUAACUAAAAAAAGAAAUGUUUUACUUUGCAUUGAAAACUUGCAUAAUGAUUGUGAUGAUAAAGAAUUAUUUUCACCAUUACUUUUAGCAAAUUGUUUAUACCUGAGUUUUGCUUCUGGCAAGCCACAAAAACCUGAGAAAAUGUUACCCAAGAUUCUUGGGACCUUCCUAGAUGUGUUGUCAUAUAAAUAUUGUAAUGGAACUAUUUAAAACAUAAUUAAAAUAAAUAUAAAAGAAAA